CCGAAAGCACUCCGGCUGGACGGGGACAGGAUUCAGGACUCCCGGGAGAGGGGGUGCUCAAGCCCGCACUGGGACCCCAGGCUGAAGAGGGAUUCCGGCCCCUCGUGCCCACAGGCUUGGGGCUGAGUGGGAGCAGAGGUACCGUGUCUGCCCCCCCCUUUGGGGGGGGCAGGACAGGGCCUUGGGCCUUGGUGCCUCCUGGUACCUGGAAGAUGCCUGUGCCUUGGUUCCUGUUGUCCUUGGCACUGGGCCGAAGCCCCAUGGUCCUCUCUUUGGAGAAGCUUAUGGGGCCUCAGGACACUGCCCGCUGCUCUCCAGGCCUUUCCUGCCACCUCUGGGAUGGUGACGUGCUCUGCCUGCCUGGGAGCAUCGUGUCUGCCCCGGGCCCUGUGCUGGUGCCCACGCGCCUGCAGACAGAGCUGGUGCUGAGGUGCCACCAGGAGACUGACUGUGACCUCUGCGUGCGUGUGGCCAUCCACUUGGCUGUGCAUGGGCACUGGGAAGAGCUUAAAGAUGAGGACAAGUUUGGAAUAGCAGCUGAUCCAGAGCUUGAGGAGCCUAGGAACGCCUUUCUCCAGGCCCAAGUGGUGCUCUCCUUCCAGGCCUACCCCACUGCCCGCUGCGUCCUGCUGGAGGUGCAAGUGCGUGCUGCCCUCGCGCAGCCUGGUCAGUCUGUGGGUUCUGUAGUAUUUGACUGCUUCGAGGCUGCUCUGGGGGCUGAGGUGCGACUCUGGUCCUACACUCAGCCCAGGUACCAGAAGGAACUCAACCUCACACAACAGUUGCCUGACUGCAAGGGGCUUGAAGUCCGGGACAGCAUCCAGAGCUGCUGGGCCCUGCCCUGGCUCAGUGUGUCUGCCGAUGGCGAUGAUGUGCACCUGGUGCUGGACGUCUCUGAGGAGCAGCACUUUGGCCUCUCCCUGUACUGGAACCAGGUCCAGGGCCCUACAAAACCCUGGUGGCACAGCAACCUGACCGGGCCACAGAACAUUACUUUGAACCACACAGACCUGUUUCCCUGCCUUUGUAUUCAGGUGUGGCCUCUAGAGCCCGACUCUGUCAGGACGAGCCUCUGCCCCUUUAGGGAGGAUCCCCGGGCACACAGGAACCUCUGGCGUGCAGCCCGGCUGAGGCUACUGCCCCCCCGGGGCUGGCAGCUAAAUGCACCCUGUUCACUGCUUGCUGAGGCCACUCUGUGUUGGCAGGCACCAGGCGGCGUCCCCUGCCAGUCGCUGGUCCCACCGCUGUCCCGAGCAAAUGUCACUGUAAACAAAACACUUGAGUUGCCAUUGCUGAAUGCCCACCCCAACCUCUGUGUCCAGCAGGUGAGCAGCUGGGAGAAGCUGCAGCUACAGGAGUGCUUGUGGGCUGACUCCCUUGGGGCCCUCAAGGAUGAUAUGCUGCUGGUAGAGACACGAGGCCCCCAGGACAACAGAUCACUCUGUGCCUUGGAGCCCAGUGGCUGCACCCCACUACUCAGCAGGGCCUCCACGCUGCAGCUUGAUGGUCUCCUAAGUGUGGUGCCCCUAAGUGACAGCCUCCCUUUGGCUUGGCAGAGGGCCGCUCGCCUUGGAGAGCAGUUACUACAAGACCUGCAGUCAGGCCAGUGUCUGCAGCUGUGGGAAGAUGACCUGAGAGCACUAUGGGCCUGCCCCAUGGACAAGUACGUUCACCAGCGCUGGGCCCUGGUGUGGCUGGCCUGCCUACUCUUGGCCUCUGUGCUUUUCCUUCUCUUCCUUUUCAAAAAGGACCACGUGAAAGGGUGGCUGAGGCUCUUGAAGGAGGACCUCCGCGCGGGGGCUGCCCCCAGGGGCCGCGCGGCUCUGCUCCUCUACUCGGCGGAGGACCCGGGCUUCGAGCGCUUGGUGGGCGCCCUGGCCUCGGCGCUGUGCCAGCUGCCGCUGCGGGUGGCCGUGGACCUCUGGAGCCGUCGUGAACUGAGUGCGCAGGGACCCCUGGCCUGGUUCCACGCGCAGCGGCGCCAGACCCUGCAGGACGGCGGCGUGGUAGUCCUGCUCUUCUCGCCCGGGGCCGUGGCGCUGUGCCACGAGUGGCUGCAGGACGGGGCGGCAGCGUCCGCCCCGCACGGCCCGCACGACGCCUAUGCCGCCUCGCUGAGCUGCGUGCUGCCCGACUUCCUGCAGGGCCGGGCGCCCGGCCGCUACGUGGGGGCCUACUUCGACGGACUGCUCCACUCGGAGGCCGUGCCCGCCCUUUUCCGCAGCGUACCGGUCUUCUCCCUGCCCUCCCAGUUGCCCGACUUCCUGGGGACCCUGCAGGGGCCUGCCGCCCCCCGUCCCGGGCGGCUCGGGGAGAAGGCGAAGCAAGUGUCCCGGGCCCUGCAGCCCGCCCUGGACCAGCUGCUUCAGGCUCCCGGGGCUCCUGGGGACUGCACGCGGGAUGGCACGUGAGGCAGGGGAGACGACUCGAAUAAAGGCAGACGCUAUUUUUCUA